AUGGUGACCCAGGCAGGGCGAGAUGGUGACCCAGUGGAAAUUGCCAGCGCAGACAAGGAAGAAUUGCUGCACUACAUUGGAGUAUUUAUCUUCCUAACGGAAAAGUUGGUUAAGGAAACCAAUCGGAUCAAAUCGUUGGACGACGACUGGGCAGCCUUGGCUCAAAAGGACAACACAGAGUUGAAAACGAAGAAAGACUACUGUGAGAAGUACGGAGACUUCAAUAACGUCCGGAAGCAAGGUUUGCAACUCUUGGAACAAUUGCACAAACUGUAUGAUGCAACAAGGAAACGGAUCUCGAAACUGGGCCCGAAACAGCUCGACGACGUCGAAACAUGGGAUGAAAUCGUUUCAUCAUUGACCAAAGAUUCAAAGGAACCAACAACUACUCGUAUAGCCUCUAUCACCGUCACCAUCCAACCUGACAAUUCUAAUCCUGUACCAGCUACUAUUCCAACAUCAACCAUUCAUCCUCCCCAUACUACUCAUUCGUCUUCUCCCCCUAUUCCCAAUAUUCAUUCGUCUUCCCCCACUAUUCCUACUGCUCCUAUCUAUUCUCAAGAACAAUUCAUGCCGACCAUGUCAUUGCCAUCAACUCGAAUUGCUCUACUAACCAUGCAACUUCCCACCUUCCAUGGAGACAUCACCGGAUUCUCAGAGUUCACUGAGACUUUUGACUCGAUCAUGGAUUACAUGCAAGUUGAUUCUUUAUCAAGAUUCUAUUAUUUGAAAUCCUCACUGAAAGGAAAAGCUCUUGACCUCAUCAAAGGACUUCCAAGCAUUCAUCAGAACUAUGAAAUUGCUCGCCAACUUUUGUCCACUUUCUACGGUGGAACUCUUCGUCUCAAGCACACUCUGCUUCAACAAUUGAGAGAACUACCUGCCAUCCAUCACUCAAAGUCGCCCAAGGACCUCCAUCAUAUUCUAGUCAGUUCUUCCAACCUGCAGCCAUGCAGGAAGGUUGCUCCUUCCCUCGCUUCCCCUUCUUCUCACCAUAUUCCCAUUGUAUCCUUCUGGGGUCUCAGUUGCCCAGCUAGUGUUCAACAAACACGUUGUGAACCAAUCCACUGUUAA